CUGUGAUCUCUCCUGGUUGUCUUUCUCGCCCUUGCACCUACCCCAUAUCAACUCACUCAAUUCAUAAGCUGUCUUAGACGUCUCUUACUGUACCUUGGCAUUCCUCGAACGAGAAUGAUGGCCGGCAUCAUGAGCUACUUUGGGGGCCGGCGCGACCCGAAGCAGUCGUCGCGCGACGCGAUAGUGACCCUGCGACAGCAGCUGCAGAUGAUUGAGAAGAAGGAGGACUACCUGCAGAAGAAGAUCGACGAGGAGAUGAAGAAGGCGAAGCAGAACGCGGUCUCGAACAAGGCUGCGGCGACGGCGGCGCUCCGGCGGAAGAAGGUGACCGAGCAGGAGCUCGAACGAUUGCAGAACACGCGCUUCCAGCUCGAGAUGCAGGUCAACACGCUCGAGUCCGCCAGCUUCAACGCCGAGAACAUGGCCGCGAUGAAGAAGGCCGCCGGUGCGCUCAAGGAUAUCCAUGGGAAGCUGUCGAUCGACAAGGUGGACCAGACGAUGUCGGAGAUCCAGGAGCAGACGCAGCUCGCGAACGAGGUCUCGGAGGCGAUCUCGACGAGCACAUAUACCGGCGUCGAGUUCGACGAGGACGAGCUCAAGCAAGAGCUCGCGGAGCUGGAGCAGGAAGAGCUCGAUGCCAAGCUCAUGCAGGAUCACGUACCAUUGCACCACCCAGCAGGGGCCAGUCGGGUGCAAGAAGCGCCACAAGCAAUCGAGGACGACGAGGAGGCGCAGCUCAAGGAGCUACAGGCCGCAUUGGCGAUGUAGUCGUUACGAUGCAACCCUCCCCCGCAUUCAUUUACCCCGGACCGGCCUACUGGCCCAGGCAGACAUUCGUGUCGCACGCUACCACCCUCGUUUGCGCUUGCGCUAACGCCUGCGUUCCUGAUCUGCUCUGUGUCUUUCAUGUCUUCACCUAAUCAUUAACGACGUCUGUGUUAGUACAUUAUCGCUCCUGGGCCUCUUCUUGGCAUUCGGUUGCCGCCGUGUUCUAUUAGUGCUCUCUCUCUCCUCACGUCUACCCCCACGACGAAGCGACCUCGCGCAUUGUACCUUGUCUCCCGCAGUAUGAUCGAUAGUAUAUAUCACGAAUGGAAUUUAGAAUCUCACAUCUUG